AUGGCGGAUAUCACUACCGCUAACGCGGCCGACCUUAAUGAAAUGCGGAAUCGUCAUAGCACUCGACAAGUCGAGAUCGUUGGUCCAGAUGGUCAACACAAGAAAAUCGCCGUCGCCGAUAUGACUGAGGAAGAUAAUGAACUUGCUGUCAAGUUUGGUUAUAACCCGGUGUUCAAGCGUGAGUUUGGAUACCUGGCUACCUUCUCUUUCGCAGUCAGUAUCAGUGGUUUGUUCUCAACCAUCAUGACUACCUUGUCGUACCCGCUGGCAGCUGGUGGCAGUAGUGCGGUGGUAUGGUGUUGGGCCAUUUCUGGUGCUGGCUGUAUGUGUAUUGCGUGUUCCGUGGCUGAACUGGUCUCUGCUUAUCCCACCUCUGGUGGAUUAUACUUCACUAUCUCUCGCAUGGCCCCCUCUAAAUGGGUUCCCUCAAUCAGCUGGGUCACCGGUUGGCUCAAUCUCAUUGGUCAAGUAGCUGGUGUGGCUUCGUCCGAGUACGGCGCUGCCCAGAUGCUUCUGGCGGCUGUGUCGAUGAGCCGGGACUUCAACUACACCAUUACUACCGACACAACUGUUGGUGUCAUGGCUGCUUUGACCGUGGCGACUGGUGCUGUCAACUCCUUGUCGACCUACUGGAUGGAGAAGAUGACCAAGUUCUACGUGAUCUUUCACAUCGCUGUGCUUGUGGCAUGUUCUAUCGCUCUACUGGUUCUGACCAAAGACAAGCACGACGCGAGCUAUGUGUUCACUCAUGUGGAAACCUCCAGCGGUUGGAAGCCCGUUGGUUUCAGCUGGCUGUUUGGUUUCCUUUCUGUUAGCUGGACCAUGACUGACUAUGAUGCAACUGCCCACAUCACCGAGGAGAUGAGCGAGCCCGAGAAAAAGGCUCCUUGGGCCAUUUCUACCGCUAUGCUCUUCACCUACGUCGCGGGAUUCCUGUUCAACAUUGUCCUUUGCUUCUGCAUGGGUGACCCUUCUGCCAUUCUCGACUCCCAAAUUGAGCAGCCUGUGGCGCAAAUCUUCUACAACAGUCUUGGUAAGGGUGGCGGUAUUUUCUUUACCAUUGCGGGCCUUGUCAUCAUCAAGUUUGUUACCUUCACUGCGAUGCAGUCCCUCGGGCGAACCGUUUUCGCCUUCUCCCGUGAUCGCAUGCUACCUUUCUCCAAUAUUUGGAUCAAGGUCAACCCCUGGACUGGUACUCCCUUGUACGCCGUCUGGAUCUCCGUGUUCUUCUGCAUUGCGAUCAACUUGAUUGGAUUGGGAUCUUACAUUGCCAUUAGCGGUAUUUUCACUCUCUGCGCCAUUGCUUUGGACUGGAGUUACUGCAUUCCAAUCAUGUGCAAGUUGAUCUUUGGCAACUUUGAGCCUGGGCCAUGGCACAUGGGCCCCUUCAGCACUUUGGUGAAUGCCUAUGCCUGCCUGUGGACCCUCUUUGUGAGCGUCAUCUUCAUCCUGCCAACCGAUAUGCCCGCCCUUGCAGACAACAUGAACUACGCCUGUGUCUACUUGGUCGCCGUUCUAGUCUUCUCCACGGCUUACUGGUACAUCCGUGGAAAAGCCGUCUACACUGGCCCGGUCACUGAGGCUAUUGCCGAUGACCUUUCCGAGGUGGAGAUCGUCACGGAAGACAAGAAGAAGGACCAUGGUCCGAGUGUCUAA